AUGUUAGUUAAGGUUAUAGAGUUUCCUGCGCCUUCAAGAGGAUGCACUACAAAUGUGUUCACAUUCAAAGUUGGGGACCUCAACGCUAGAGCCGCGAAAGUGUUGAUUCCAUGGCCAUCCCCACAAGUGGAACCCCCAAUUGAAUACAUACCAUCAUAUGAAGAAGCAGAUUUCGGUAGACAAUUUAUUAUAUUUCUUUCUAAAACUGGAAUUCUUGAUGAUUUAAAAGAAGAAUCUUGUUGGAUAGGAGGAGGGGAUUAUCAAUGUGAUAUUGAAUUUGUUGUUCAUUCACCCAAUAAGAAAAGAUUUGUAGUAACUCUUGAACUUUGUUAUGUGAAAAGGAUGCCACCUAUGUUUGAUGGUGCAAUUACACCAAGUUAUCUAGUAGUUAGUCAUAAUGAAUUAUUGGGAUUUCUUCGGGACAAAAUUAUUCUUAACAAAGAGAAUAUUAAAAUUGAGAGAAGAAUUAAGGCUAUAUUAAUGUUGGUACUGAUAAAUUGCAGUAUUAAUGGAUUAGAAUUGGAUAUUAUGUAA